GCACUAGAGAAAGAUGGGAUGUGUUUUUGUUCUGAAUUUAUUAUUUUGCACAUAAAAGGACUAGUUUUAUAUUUUAACUACAUUUAUUCGAGUAUUUAAACGUCGUGGCUGUAAAUAAUGUCGGCGUCAGAAGACUCACACAGCCCAGGGAAGCUGAAUACAUUUGAGAAACUGUCAGGCAGUCCACCGCUUCGAGUGGCAGGCUCUAAGAAGAAAGUUUGCUGGCUUCAAGCUCGACGAAUCCUCAUUCAACCUUGCUCCAGCCUGCGGAUCCCUUACAGGUUUUUAAGAGAAGGUCACAGAGCCCCUCCAGCACGAAGUGGACAUCGCUGUGUAGCAGAUAAUAGCAACCUCUAUGUGUUUGGUGGCUACAACCCAGACUUUGAUGAGUCAGGAGGGUCGGAAAAUGAGGACUACCCGCUCUUCAGGGAACUCUGGAGGUACCACUUUGCCACAGGGACGUGGCAGCAGAUCCGCACAGAGGGCUACAUGCCCACUGAGCUGGCCUCCAUGUCAGCUGUUUUGCACGGUAACAACUUGCUAGUGUUUGGGGGCACUGGCAUCCCAUUUGGAGAAAACAAUGGGAAUGAUGUUCAUGUCUGCAACGUCAAAUACAAGAGGUGGUCGCUGCUCAACUGCAGAGGGAAGAAACCAAACCGUAUUUAUGGACAGGCGAUGGCCAUAAUAAAUGGCUUCCUGUAUGUGUUUGGAGGAACAACGGGCUACAUUUACAGCACAGAUCUGCACAGACUAGACCUAACAUCCCGCGAGUGGAUUCAUCUUAAGCCAAACAACCCUCCAAACGACUUGCCUGAAGAGCGAUACAGACAUGAAAUAGCCCAUGAUGGACAGAGAAUAUACAUACUAGGAGGAGGAACCUCUUGGACAUCCUAUCCUUUAGACAAGAUUCAUGCAUAUAAUCUUGAAACGAACUCAUGGGAGGAGAUCACAACAAAGCCUCAUGAAAGAAUAGGUUACCCAGCACCCAGGAGGUGUCAUAGUUGUGUACAGAUUAAAAAUGAUGUAUUUAUAUGCGGAGGCUACAAUGGUGAGUUGAUUCUGGACGACCUGUGGAAGAUCAAUCUGCAGACAUUUCAGUGGAAUAAACUACCUGCAGUGAUGCCUGAGCCAGCGUAUUUCCACUGUGCUGCUGUUACUCCGGCGGGAUGCAUGUACAUCCAUGGCGGAGUGGUAAACAUCCAUGAGAACAAGAGGACUGGCUCUCUGUUUAAAAUCUGGUUGGUGGUGCCGAGUCUGCUGGAACUCUGCUGGGAGAGGCUGAUAAAAGCUUUUCCACACUUGGCCCAGCUCUCGAACAUGCAACUCUUCAACCUGGGUCUUACACCGGAACUCAUUGAACGCUUAAAAUAACACGCUAGUGUGCACGUGGUUGCUAAGGAAUCGAGAAGAUUGACACACCUGAGCCAAUGUCUGGAGACAUGGAACAUAGGAUUCAUUCUGAAAUGCCCCUUUCUGGAAGAUGUUCCACAAUGUAACCUGCCUUAAAACCAAAGUGUGGGAUGCAUUUGUCCUUUGUGUACCUUUUAAUGAUUUUUUUUCAGCGAAGCAGCAAGUUCUAAAAUGUUGGUUACUUAUUCGGUCAAUGAUCUUUGAUUGUCACUACCAACUGUGGCAAACCCUAUAUUCCUGAGUUGAUCACAUGGACACUUAAAUGUCACUGUCAAUAGAAUGUGAUGGAAUCUAGAUGCCUGACCUUGCCACCUAAUAGUCAGUUUGGCUUUGGAGAAGGUCAGGAUGUGACACAACUGAAAGUUUUACCACACCUCUAGAACGAUUCUUGUUUUGCUUUAAUUUAUUCCAUUGUGAAUGUCUCAACAAAACGUGCAAUGCCAAGCUGGUUUUUGGUAUCAUAGUGGUAGCUGGUGAAGGGAUGCUUGUUUACAGAAUUAUUAUUUUGCUGUGUCUUUAUUGGGCGUCCGUGUGCGCAAUGUAAAUGUGUUGUAAGCUAAUGUUCACUUAAUAUUCAUCAGCAAAGAUUAUAAUGAUGUGUUCAAUCAACCUUUAAUUUUUUGCCAGUGUAAAAAAAAUUCUAUUCAAAAUGUAAGAAUCUUCUUAUCAGUUUUGUUUGUUUAUGUAAUCCAAAUAUUUAUUCACUGUGAACAAGGUGCUCUUUAAUCUACUUUUAAUGCUUUUAUUAAAAUAAAUAAUUUCC